CAUAGAAACGGAUUGUUGCUGCCCACUGGUGAAAGCAAAGUGAAUGAUGAAGUGGUGAAAAAGGUGAAACGUGAAAAAUUUUCAGGGGCUGCUGAGAAGAGUUCCAAACAUGGGGAAGGUGAUCGAGCUCAGAAUCUGAUUGCCGUAAUUCGAGAUCGAAUGAAAAUACAGGAGAGGAAUAAACCGGAAAUUUUCGAAACCAUCAGGACUAUAUUCGCUAUUGAAGAGAAAGUGCAGCAGGAAACGUUGAAGCAAGUAAAAACAAGCAUUCUCGAAGGAAGCUCAAAAUGGAGUGCAAAAAUAGCAUUGACCGGUANAUUUCUACAUUCAACUUACAUAUUGUUCAUAAAUUCAGACUCUGCUCCUUUCUCAAAUGAGCUAAUGUUGUCAAUAAUUUCAGUGAGGUGUGCUCAGGGAUUGAUAGCCAAAGAUAAAACGGGUAAGAGUGAUCCGUAUGUAACGGCACAGGUCGGGAAGGUGAGGAAACGGACGCGAACAAUCCAUCAGGAGUUGAAUCCUGUAUGGAAUGAACAAUUCUUCUUUGAAUGUCACAAUUCAACGGAUCGUAUUAAAGUGCGCGUGUGGGAUGAGGAUAACGAUCUGAAGAGUAAGUUGAGGCAGAAGUUAACCAGAGAAUCGGAUGAUUUUCUUGGCCAAACCAUCAUUGAGGUUCGAACGCUGAGUGGUGAAAUGGACGUUUGGUACAAUCUUGAGAAGCGAACAGAUAAAUCGGCGGUCAGCGGUGCGAUUAGGUUACAAAUUAGUGUCGAGAUUAAGGGUGAAGAGCGAUUGGCUCCUUAUCAUAUACAAUAUACGUGCCUUCACGAACAUCUUUUUCAGAUUUAG